AAGGAAGGUCUGCUCUUCACACUCCUCACACACUCAACUCGUCAUUGCACUGAGAAACAGCAGCACAGUGCAGUUACUGGGAGACUGAUUCUGCUCCCAUGGAGGGUAAUCACAGUGGUUUGACUGGAAGCACACAACCAUCUUUGCUAGAAAGACAGACUGAUGGGCACAUUUAUGAAGUUGCAGUACAAACCAACUCCACCAACCGCAGCUCCCAGUUUGCAGACGUGGCCUUGCUGCAAACUUUCAAACCUCUCAUCAUCCCCUUUUACAUUCUAGUGGUGGUGGUGGGUGUCUUUGGGAAUUACCUGCUUCUUUAUGUCAUCUGCCGAACCCGAAAGAUGCACAACGUCACCAACUUUUUCAUUGGAAAUCUGGCCUUCUCUGACAUGCUCAUGUGUGUGACCUGCGUCCCCUUUACUCUCGCCUACGCCUUCAACCCUCAUGGUUGGGUUUUCGGGCGCACCAUGUGCUAUCUGGUGUUUCUCGUCCAACCUGUCACAGUGUAUGUUUCAGUCUUCACACUCACUGCUAUUGCUGUGGACAGAUAUUAUGCAACAGUUCACCCCCUGAAGAAGCGGACCUCUGUGGCGACCUGUGCCUCUGUCCUCACUGGGAUCUGGCUUCUGUCUUGUGGCCUGGUAGCUCCAGCAGUGACCCACACCUAUCAUGUUGAAUUCAAAGAGGAAGGCUUCACUAUCUGUGAGGAGUUCUGGUUGGGUCAGGAAAAAGAAAGACGUGCUUAUGCGUACAGCACCCUGCUGGUCACUUACGUCCUCCCGCUUUCGGCUGUUUUUGUCUCUUAUCUCUGCAUCACUGUCAAACUGAGGAACUGCGUUGCUCCGGGCCAUAGGACGCAGGACCAGGCAGGCGCUCAGCAGGCUCGCAAAAGAAAGAUCUUUCGCCUGGUCGCUCUCCUGGUGUCUGCCUUUGCGGUGUGCUGGCUUCCUAUUCAUGUGUUCAACGUGCUGAGAGACAUUGACAUUCACCUCAUUAACAAGCGUUACUUUUUGCUCAUCCAACUGCUGUGCCACCUGUGCGCCAUGAGCUCCUCCUGCUGUAACCCCUUCCUGUACGCCUGGCUUCACGACCGCUUCCGCACCGAGCUGCGGAAGAUGUUCAAGUGCCAUCAUCGCAUUGGAGUGCCUGCCAAUCACUGUGCCGCCAGCGUGGUAUUGUAAUUGAUUAGUGAAGAGCAUCCUCUGUCGUUAAUUUAGUGUCACUUUCUGACUCAUCCUGAGUGCAAGUGGAAACACAGGUCCAGCAAACCCAUCCACCUAAACAUUUGUGGUAAUGCAGUCAUUGGUUAUAAAACGGGAUGGGGGUGAAUCUCAGGUGGUUUAUUUCCUGGGGAGCAUGAAAAUGUGCAUUCAUUUUCUUAGGAAUCCCUCCAAAAAAUUAGUAGCAGAGUAAAGAUUGUGAGCGAAUAGACGAUCUGUUAAAUGGCAUGAUCAGUCGUGUUUAGGUGGGAGUAGCACCUGUUUAUCUAAUAUCUUGUGUAAAAGGCUGAUCAUUUAAGCCAAGAGCAGCGAAAACUCAGAGGACCCAAACCAGGCUAAGGCAAGCAUGAGUGCAUGCAGCUACUUUUGUGGCUACUUAGAUCCACACAUUUCAUUUGUAUGGGUUGUCAUGUCCCACUAGCUGAAAGAUAAGAAUCCCUGCUAACACGGGGGGAGGGUGCAUAUCAGCAGCAGAUUUCAUAAAUAUCAGACAGUUAGAAUUCAGACUACUCUGUCAUGGACCACAGUGCUGUUUGAAAAGAAAUGUUAAUAUUAUAAAAAUGUUUGUAAUAAUUUGUUUAAUAGUAAUAUUUCCAGUGAAUUAGAGGAGAUAAGAUAAGAAGGGUUUCAGCUUUUAAUCAAAAAUGACAGAGAACAUGUCAGACGGGUGCAGCUUUACUGGAUACGAAUAGCAAAUUAAACCACGAGUUCAAAUUGCAUUUGGAAACCACAAAGGUGGUUGUUUGUACCAGGGGGGCUGGUGUCAGAGCUAAUCUUUGUGUAGUGCGAAAUUAAAUUCAUCAGCUUGGUCCCUAAGUCCCACAUUUCCUGUAUUUAAUGAAUACGUGGCUUAAGUCAUCAAAUUAUUUUUGAUAGCAUAAUAUAAUUGCUGCAGAAAAAUAAUCAUACUGUGGCAGUUGGCUCGAUGUUGCUUUUUCUGUGAUGCGGUUUCUUUUGCUUCCGCUGGCUUUUGGAAGUUUGCACAUAAUGGGAAAGACUGGUUAUCCAGGCAGAAAAUGUAAAAAAAAAAAAGAAAGAAAGAAAGAAAGAAGUCAUGUUAAUGCAGCUUUCUAAUAAAAUUGUCUACUGCAUUUACUAAUAUGUUACACUGAACUGAUAACAGAUGAGCUGCCUGUUGUUUACACCGUCUUUAAUCCAGUUUUAUUUAGUUUGCACAGCAGAUGUUAUGCUUCUUGCUUUGUGUUCUCUGUGUGCACAUCUGUGCCUCUGCAGCAGAGUCAACAAAUUUCAAAUGUUACAGCGUACUCUCUCUCUCUUUUUUUUUUUUUGCUUUUUCCCUAUCAUAUUCUUAUAUAAAAGGACACAGUAUAAAUACUUUGCAAAAAAAAAGUGUUAUAAUGAUCACAUAAUGUUUAAAAUGAUAUAAAUGAUGUGG